CGCCCGGGCAGUGAGAGGCCAGCGGGGUUGCGCGCUGCGCAGCUCGGUCCCCCUGGAAGGCUCCCUGUCUCCUGCGUCCCAGUCGGGGAGGAAGAGAGGCCUCUCAGCACAUUUCAGAGGCAGUACAUUGCCAGGACAUUGGCUACUUAUUUGGACAAACAUUUCUCCAAGGAGGACGAAGCACUCUGUGCCCAUGUUACCACCUGUGAAGGACUGACUGACCCACCAGCUUGUGCCACUUCUUGCUCCCGCCAUGGGACCUUCGGGGAGCGUGCUGAGCAGCGGACAGAUGCAGGUGGUCCUGUGGGGCAGUUUGGCGGCUCUCGUCACUUUCUUCCUCAUCAGCUUCCUCGUCUUUCUGUGCUCCAGUUGUGACAGAGAAAAGAAGCCGAGACAGCACAGCGGGGACCACGAGAACCUGAUGAACGUGCCUUCUGACAAGGAGAUGUUCAGCCGCUCAAUAACUAGCCUGGCCACAGAUGCACCUGCCAGCAGUGAACAGAACGGAAUACUCACCAAUGGGGACAUUCUUUCAGAAGACAGUACUCUGACCUGCAUGCAACAUUAUGAGGAAGUCCAGACCUCAGCUUCAGAUCUGCUGGACUCCCAGGACAGCUCGGGGAAGCCAAAAUGUCAUCAGAGCCGGGAACUGCCCAGAAUUCCUCCUGACAGCGCCGUGGACAUGAUGCUCAACGCAAGAGCGGUGGAUGGGGACCAGGGCCUGGGAACGGAAGGGCCAUACGAAGUACUCAAGGAUAGUUCCUCCCAAGAAAAUAUGGUGGAGGACUGCUUGUAUGAAACUGUGAAAGAAAUUAAGGAGGUGGCGGCAGCUGUGAACCCAGGGAAAGGCCAUGGCAGCAGGUCAAAGUCAACUUCCGCUUUGAAAGAGCUUCCGGGGCCUCAAGCCCCCCAAGCAGACUUUGCUGAGUAUGCCUCGGUGGACAGAAACAAAAAAUGUCGACAGAGUGUUAAUGCAGAGACUGUUCUUGGAAAUUCAUGCGAUCUGGAAGAGGAAGCCCCACCACCUGUCCCCGUUAAACUUCUGGAUGAGAAUGAAAACCUUCAGGAGAAGAGAGAGAGCAAGACAGGAGACGAAGGAGCCACAGAGGGGACCAGUGAAACCAACAAGAGAUUUAGUUCAUUGUCGUACAAGUCCCGGGAAGAGGACCCGACUCUCACAGAAGAAGAGAUCUCAGCCAUGUAUUCAUCAGUAAAUAAACCUGGGCAGUCAGGGAAUAAAUCAGGACAGUCUCUUAAAGCUCCAGAGUCCACCUACACCUCCAUCCAGAGCGCCGCUCAGAGAUCCCCCUCUUCCUGUAACGAUCUCUACGCGACUGUUAAAGACUUCGAGAAAACUCCAAACAGCGGUAGCAUGCUUCCAGCAGCAGUGAGACCCAGUGAGGAACCCGAGCCCGAUUAUGAAGCAAUACAGGCUCUAAACAGAGAGGAAGAAAAGGCCACCCCAGAGACCAAUGGCCACCGCGGCCUUCUCCCGAAGGAGAAUGACUAUGAGAGCAUUGGGGACUUGCAGCAGUGCAGAGACAUCACCAGGCUCUAGCAGCCCCGAAGACAACCCCAGAUGUCGUGUGCUCAGCCGCCUGGAGGGCUCAGCCGCCUGGGGGGCACUCCUGCGGGAAACAAGAAGCUCUGUCAACCCACACUCUGUAUGCUGCUCCGGUAACCUGAAGAUGAUUGAAAACGUGGAGGCUGUUUAGCAGGGUCGGAAACAGUGAGGUACGUACCGAGUGCACCCGAGUGCGUCCCUGCCUGCAGGGGGCACUCGCACGCCCAAGCACAUCUCCUUCAUGCACCCUCGCCCUCUGGAAAGGUCCCAGCUGUCGGUGGUUUCAUCCUAUUCGUGAGGAAAGCCAAGAUGUAAGGAAGAACUGCGUUCAAGAACCACGACCCCACCUGCCUAAAAUACUGCCAUUCAGAAGAGCCAGGUUUUUCUUCCUUUCUUUUUUUUUUUUUUUUUCCCUGUCUGCCCCUAAUAUUUCUUCCCCGUGAAAUCUUCCGAUUUCUAAUGGUUCAUUCCAAGAAAAUUCUCCCCCGAGGCUUGGCCCUUGCCUUCCACUUAGGGAUUUUAAGAUGGUAAGAAACUGUGGUUGCUGGUUCCUGUCAGCUCACAGGCCUCUUCCAAGAGCCGCACCUGGAAAAACGACCACUGCAGGUGGACAGGACCGGGGCUGCCUCUUAGGUUUAGGUCUUCAUUCCUUCUGAUUUAGGCACUCCACAUCGGCAGCCUCUCCCAAAGUACUUGAAGUCGUUUUUAGAUGCUUUAUUUUAUUUUUCUAGUCAAAGCGUGCCCCCCCAGUAUUUGAAACUCUUCAGAGCCUUUUCAGUAUUUUCAAUGAACAUUGUGGUACUUCUAUACUUGUUUUAGCCCAGAGCUCAUUUCUCUGAAACAGAGAGCCUUAAUCUCCAUGUUGGGACACACCACAUAUUUGGACGGCAGCCAUGGCAUCCGUCUCUGAAGGGCUGCGGACUUGAAUGUGUAUUUCUGAUGCUCUCUGCUGCCACACUAACAGUGUGAGAUUUCAUAAGUUAACUGCUACCCUAAGGUAAUCUAUCUAAAAUUAAAAUGUAAACAUUUAUUUUUGUUAUAUAAAUUUAUAAGAUGUUUUAUGUUUAACGCCUAAUUUCUAGAAAGUGCCAGAAAAAAAUGUAUAUUAACUAUUUUGAUUUUGUGUACAAUGAUUUAUACUCUCAUUUUGAAAAGACACCAUAAAGCACAUAAGCUAGGUAACUACACGUAGCUGUUAUCUUUUUUCUAAUCAAGUGUUUAAAAUACCGAAGGUUUUUUCAAGACUUAACUUUUCAAAUGGUACUUGGAGCUCCUGGUCAAAGUCAUCUGGCUCACUAGAGAAAUCAGCAGAAUAAACACAAAGGAUCGUUUUCAGUGAGUUCAGUGGGCAAUACUGAAAUAUUUGAAAUGGUCAAAAAAAAUGGAAAGAAUGAAAUAUGACUAGGGAUGUCUGCAUUAUUAACCUCAUGAAGGUAUUUAUAAUUCCAUUAAGAUUCAGUUACGUGUUUAAGAAAACAGUGAUGGGUUCCGCAAGCCAGUCCUCACAAAUGCAAAUUGCCUAUUGGGGUUUUUUUCCCCCUUCAUUUUACAAAAAUCAGUGGCUGAAAUAACUCUGAUUAAGAGCUCAGCCUGGUUUGAAUUUAAUCAUCUCUUUAGACUUUAUAAGGCCAACAUUGGGAAACUUGUUCACUUUUCAUUUUAAAAGGAACCUGCUAUUAUACCGUGUGGCUACAGAAAGGGACCUUUUCCUACACUGACAAAGGGGGAAAAAAGAGGCAGUUAUUCAAUGCUGCUGCGACAUGUCUGGCCUUUCAGGUUGAAUACUCUUGCUGUUUUCACUCAUUAUGACAAAGGAUGCAGUUGGGAGGAUGGAGCAUCCUGCAAAUGGUAGGGACCAGCUCACAGGCGUGGUUUUUUCCCAUCCCUUGCAUUCAUGGCUUGAUUUUUGACUGCUCUGUGAUACAUUUCUGAAAAUUGUGAAGUGAGCUUUGUUGGGGUAAACGGGUCGGCUGUCAUUAUGUUUCGGUCAUCCUGGUCUUUCCCAUGAAGACCUCUCGAGCCUAAGCACAAUCAUCACUGACUAGAAGAUAAGGGCAGAAAUACCCUUGGAUUGGGGGGAAAGUUCAUCAGGAAGGCGCCACAAGUGGGCCUUGUUCUCUGAAUUCGUAUCUUUCAUGAGCACCGUUUUGCCGGGUGAUUUUCAUUGCUUACUUGGUAUUAAUGAGUUUGACCCAACAAUCUCUACAUCCUGGGGUUCCUUUAGCACUUGGGGACGGCCUUGUCACAUCGCAUACCUAGUAUUGUGCAUGCUGCAGUGAUGUCCUUUAUGAGCGCUUGACCACUCCAAAGUUUUACUGUAUUUCAUAAUGUCUUUACUUAUUGCCAGGGAGGUGAGAAUGACCUCUCAAGUGUAAAAUCAUUUCCAGAGAGGAAAGUUCUUUAUAAAUAGUCAUAUCAUCUUGAAAUUUCAUUAUCAGAAUUACCCCCAGAAGUUCUGAAAUAAAGGCUAAAUUAUGGCAAUAUAGCCAUAAAAUAUGCACUGAGCUCUCUCUUGAUUUGAGAAUCUGUGCUAAGAAUAAGUUGUGAUUUAAAGUAUUGUAAGUAUAUUUUAAAAGAAACUAGAAGGCCCUCCGGCAUAAAUGCUAAAAGAAGUAAUAGCACAAUCCCUGAGGGGUGGGGGGCAGGGAGAAGCGGAGUAAACUUUGGGAGCAGGCUUGCUGUUUAGACCAUUGGGUACCUUACUGAACUACAGUAUUGAUGUAUCCUCAUGGUUUUGACCUUAAAGUACAGUAUUUCAUAAAUUUUGUCACUUUUACUUUAUUCAUUGAAAAUCUGUGCUAGUGUUUGAGUUGGACAAAAGCCUAUGGCUUCUUUAAAAAAGUUUCAUGUUCAGCUAAAUGUUACAGUUUAAAUCUGUGAAAGGUAGUUAUGAAAAGUUUUUACAGUAUUUUUAAAAUUCAACUUUGACAUCCAUAUUAUGCAUUGUUAUAACUUACGUUAUGUGAAAUUACACAAAUAAACUAAGUUUUAGGAAGUGUUUUUUGUCCUGUAAGUCAGAAUUGUAAACUCGUCUUGCCUAAAGGCAGGAUCUUUGUUUUUAGUCAGAUAUUUUGAAAGUUUAGAAGAAUUUUUAUGCUGUUUUUACUAUUUCUCAAAUGCAGUCAGCAGGAAAGUAUGACCUAUUUUACGUGAAAUGUUUAAGGAAAUUUUAAAUUCUAGAAGAAAGUAAUUUUUGCAAAUAUGUGGCCCACAUUUUCUUUCCUGUCCACUAAAUUAUGUCAUUAGGUUUAUUAAAGCUUUUGAAGGUACUGCUGUCUUUUGUGGAAGAAGGCUAAUUACUGAUGUAUCUGCCCUCAAAAUCCAAGAGUUAAUUCUAAUUAAGUGCUAACAAGAGGUAGCCACCACAAAGAACUAAAAUUUAACCUCAGGCUGUCGCUAUAUCUAUUUCUCGUAUUUGACUUCUGUUUUCUUAGAGCAUUUAUUUACUUUAACCAGUAACACACUGUGUGUAUACAUGUACAUAUACUAUACAUACAUACCUAUACAUAUUUACACACACACACACACACACACACACACACAUAUAAAGAUGUCUUUGGAAUGUCUCCCCUACUAGUGUGAUGACUAUUGUCAUAAAAGCAAAAUAGAAAAAAGCUACCCAAUAGUUUUCACUCAGUAAUUGCAAGAAAGCCUUCCUAGGUUACCCUUAUACCAUUUUUCUUAUUAAUAAAUUCAGGUUUUAAGUUGUGUCCAUAAUUCUCUUCGUUGAAACCCAGUGGUGUUUUAAAAUAGUUUUGGUUCUUUUUUUAAUGUGUGUGGCUCAUUGCAUAUUCAGCAUGACAGGAGGAAAUGUAAAUAGGCGUCCUUCUCAGUGUUCUCAGUGUUGAGAAGAGAUGCGGCCGAAAGCAACAAGAGCCAGGACUGAGCUACAGGGAGGUGACCCCCCCCCCCCACCACCUGGUAGCAGAGGCCUAUUAUCACAUGGCUGCAUUUUAUCUCAUUUUCCUUAGAAGGCCGUGUGAGUUUACCGCAGAACCAGCGAGCGGUGAUGUAGCAUGACGUGCAGAAAACCGCUCUGAGAUGUUCUGAGAGGUGGCUCUCAUCCCAGAGCUUCAGUUCAAGACUGAGUUAGGAUUUUGUAAAUGAGUAAAUGACAUUUUUUUUUUCCAGUGCUCCUUGUACUAGUUAAUACUGAGUCCAUGUGAUAUAGUGAUGCCAUUCUUCCAAAAGUGUCGGCGUCUGGUACCCGGCCAGCUUCGUGGUGGCCCUGGAAGCACAGCUGUACUGACUGCUGUUUCCUGGAAAUCCUGACAGGCUUACUGUCCUGUGUAACCGGGAGAAGCUCAAGUGUAUCGUUUGGUGUAAGUGACUGAUGUGAAAAAUAGGAACGUGUGUCUAUAAUAUCAGAUACACCUUCUUUUUGCAGUGAAAUCUAUACGCCUCGUCCUGUAGUAGUGCUCUGUGUGCUGUACCUUUUCGUAAACACGGUAUUCUUGAUAGUGGCAUUGGACAAGUUGAACGCACCUAGAAAGCGUUUGACAUAAAGAGACCAGUCCAGAAACCAUGAUAGACUAGUCUUCAUCUGGAAUUAUGAAAGUAAAUUUUAAAAACUGUGGUCCGGAAGAGAACAAAUAUUCAUAAGUGGGUUUUUUUCCUAUCGCUCAUUUUUAGGUCUGUUUACGUCCAGUCUCUGGUAUGUAUAAAGUAGUCAUUGUUUCUCCAGGUUCUUCUUUAUUCCAGUUUUUCUUAAUGCCGGAUGAAAUGAGAACUGUUGUAACUUUUAUUAAAAAGGAAACUCUUUUAAGCAUUCCAUUUGGUAAUCGUUUAUCUUAAUGCAGUCAAAUUAGAUUUUUCUUUGCUCACCACUUAUAUACCAUGGGUAUUUUUUAAAAAUAUAUUAUGCUCUGGUUGUCUUAGAUCACCUUCUGUAAUGGAUGAUAAAGGCUGGUAAUGGUCAUUCCUCAAACUUCUGUGUAUGAAAUUGGCAACGGUUUCAUUGUUGUUACCUUUUAAAUAUCCUGUUUUAUGAAUGCACCUCAAGUUUUCAGGGGAAGUUUGAAAGAUAGCUAAACAAAUAGGAAUUUGCAUUUCACUGUCCAUGCAUUUUUUCCUCAUAAAAAUAGUUUCUCAGAAGAAAGCGACAUACUGUCCCAUAGGUGGUCCUGAUCAGUUUCAAAGUGCUCCUCUGACUCAAAAAUAAUUCAUGACAAUGGCGUUUUGACUCAUUGUCUCAAAAGGUCUUUAUAAUGGUCAAAUUGUCUAAUUCACAAGAGAGUGGAAAAAGUUGUUUCUGAUACUGGGCAUUUUUAAACCUUAGUUUUAAGUCUGAAAAUAUCUUACUGGCUUUAACAUCUUCUAAUUUUUCCCCUCCACUACCCUAGUCUUUUUAAGGAGAAAGUCUAAAGAACAGGGACACAAAGCCACUAUUUCUUCCGAUCUUACCUUGGCUCCUUCCGCACAGGUGACCUUCUGUCAUUUUGCACAGCACCAUACCUGUUCCCCCUCCCCACCCUGGCUGCUCUCUGCUAUUCAUAGGCCAUUCCAACACAUCUUUUGCAAAAUGGACACACUCCUCAGAUCACGGAUCCUGCCCGCCAGCAUGGAACCAUUCCCUGCCACUGUCCCGUGGGUGGACAGCUCUGCCCGACUCACAUGUUCCUAUGUCCCAGGCUGCCGAGAUAAGGUCAUGGGUCCACCUGGGGAAGCAGAUGCUGGGUGGUACGGUCAUGAGCUUUGCUAAACCAUGUUCAUACCUGCCCACAUUUUUCAUGAGAAUGGUUGGCACUAAAGGGCCGUGGAAAAGAACUGUAAAAAAUUCUCCAGAAUCAGAGUCACAACUGCAGAAAAAUCAGCACCGUGCUCUAACUGGGUAAGCUCACUGUCCCUCAUAAGGCUUUAGACUGCCUGUGUCUCCUAAGUUCCAGUGAAGUUAAAUCCUUGGAAUAACAGACCAAUAACUUGACCGUAAAGUAGGAGGAUGCUGAGCCUUUCAAGGAAAAACACCCCUUUCUUAUAAGACUUAAUCACUUAUAAAGUAAGCUGAGUGUAAUAUUUUUUAGCCAUAGAGCCAUUUACUCCCUCCCUCAGGAGACAGUGCUUAUGGAUUCUGGUAGUUAUAAGUAGUUUGGUCUGCUUUGCCAGGCUUCAAGGACACAAGAAUGGUCAAGCAUCUCACCGGGGAGCUACCAGAUAUUGAGAAUAACUUGGCCAUUCGUAGACAAAUAACUUGGCCAUUUGCUGAACUCAGCGAAUGACCCUGAGUAGCCUAAGGAGCAAUGUUUGAUGUUUGAAGUGAGAAACCAGAUCCCUUUUAAGCACUCACUUUCCACACAGCUAAGGAUCCAGGAUGUGUUUGGGUUUUUUUUGUUUUUUUUUUUUUACUUCACUCUAAGUUGUCAUAGUUAAUUAUUUGGAUGGGUAUUCCAGAGUGUAAUUUCCCCCCCCCCCCCCCCCCCCCCCGCCAAGUUAAAAGAAUGGAUAUUCUCUUUACACAUUUAAUUUUUAAAAGUUCACCUAGUAUACCAGUUAGGCACCCAUGCUAGGAUGGUUAAGACUAAAAGGGAGACCAGUCUUAGCCCCUGGAGCCUCAGGGGCUGUCUUAUACCUCAGAACUGUCUUAUUACGAUGUCUGGUUUUGUUUUGUUUUUUAACUCAGCAGUUGGAAACCAUGAGUUUAAAGCAAACUUUCUUUUUCCCUUUUUAAGCAGAAGAAGGAAAAAAAACUUUUAACUUGAACUUCCCAUUUAGGUAGUCAAGGCUUCCCUGAAAGACAACAGUCAGUGUCCUUCCCCAGGUAAAGAGGCGAGAACCAAAAGCCCAAGUCUAUCUCUGAAGAUUCCUUUUUAGGUACUUUUAAUGUAAAACCCACACAUGAAUCUGACAUGAUGUUUCUGACCUGUCCCAUAAGCCUGCUUGCCUUUUUUUUUUUUUUUUUUUUUUUUUUUGCAGUUUUUUGAUGAUAGGUUUUCUUGUUUUUCCUGGAGCCACACUAGAGACCAUUCCGACAGGCUCCUCCGUGGCUGACUACUGGUGUCCUGGACGUGUGGCCGCACCGUUAGCAGGGCUUGCCUCUUAGGGAGAAGCAUGUGCAGAGUGUCAGACAAGCUGAAUUUUAUGUUCACAUCAACAAGCAUUUAUGCCUCAGGUUUUGACAUUUAAAAAAUAUUUUUCUGAAGAGCAACUACAUAUUUGAUACGGGGGGCCUGGCGAGCAGGAAUAAAAUCUGAACUAAGCGACGUGGGCAAGACUUCCCACUCCUCACGUCUCAGUUUGUGUCUCUGGAAAACAGAUUAUCCCAGCUCCCUGUCUACCACCCUGAGUAGCCUAAGGAGCAAACCAUAGUGUGUAGAAAUGAGAAGGAUGACCUCAAAGAUUUCGAUCAUUUUUAGACAUUUUCUUCUUUGUAAACUCAGGAAUAAGCCUGGUUUAUGGAUAGCAUAAUAUGGCUACCAAAGCUACAGUUUUAGGCAACAAGAUACAUCCUUCAAAUGUGUUUCAUUUAAAAACCUAACUUGGUUGU